GUAGUCGAGCCACAUGGAUCUAUGGUGGGGAGCAGACACCGAUCGUGCAUGCCACCGGCUACAACACAGUUUAAAAGCAACCUCCGUCAUGAUCGCGUCAGCUGGCCUCUAAGUCGUUCCACAGCCUCGCCUCCUCUUCCUCGUUCUCUUCGGCAACGAGCCGACCGCGCGCGUAUCGGGACGGUCCGGCUCGAGAUAGGCUUCUUCCACGUGGCGUGGAAUGUCGAUCGUUAAAGAUCGGUAAGCGGAGUAGAUGAGCCUCCCUCCCCGUCCGGGCGCGGAAUCAAUCGAUGGGGCAAGUUAAAGUGGAUAAGGAAUACGAGUGGGUGAUACUCGCCAGUGCCCUCCGAUCGAUCGGCGGAAUGAAUCGAUGAGGGUCCCCGCUCCGCGCGAGUGCGUCCUUCGGCAACGCGAGUUGCAUCGAAUCGUUAUGAGAGAGACGGGGAAUCGAGGCUGAUCGGCUGGUGAUGAUCUGACCGCUCGAUCGGGGAUCGUCGCAAUGAGCGUCAAGCGAAGAGUGUUCAGCGCCCUGGACGGGCUUGUUAAGUGUGAUCGUGCGAUCGUAUGCUCGGUGUUCCUCUGGUAUCUCGCGUUCCUACUGUGCAUCGAGGCCACCACGCCGGGGAUAUGCGUCAAGAACGGCUGUAACUGCACCGUCAUGGCGCAUCGCUGGGUCAACAUCAAAUGCGUCUUCUCCAAGGAAGAGAAUGUGGAGUUGCUGGAGGGAAUGAUUCCGCCGGAGGCAACGGAACUCGAGGUCUCUCACUGCCGAGAAUUGAGAAUACAAACGGGCGCGUUCGGCGGGGGCGCGCCCCUGAAACGCGUGCACGUUUCGGGGAUCAACAGCGUGGUCGCCAAGAGGCAGGCCUUUCAGAAUCUCAGCGUACCCAACACGCACAUCGAGGUGUCGGAGUGCAAUAGCGUGUUCCUGGAGAGCCACGCCUUUCGAAACACGCGCGGCACGGUGAGCGUCUCGAUUUCGCGAUGCAAACAGGUGGAGAUAAAACCGAACGCCUUCACGUGGCUGCUGUGGCUCACGGUGAAGGAAGUGUCGUCCUUGGAGCUCUUCAGCAACGCCUUCAAGCUCGAGGCGCCUCAACCCGGACGACAUGGACCAGCGACCAAGAUUACCUUCCAAAAUGUGAGGAUCGCGGAGUUACCCAAGGCGGUCUUUCCUUCGGCUAUCGCGGAAAUUCGCAUGGACGACAUCUCGAUGAGGGUCAUACGCAAGGACGCCUUUUGUGCCAUGACUAUUUUCAACGUGAUUAUUAGCAACGCGACUAUCCAGGAGAUUCAAUCCGGCGCAUUCAGCGACAGGGCCCUCAUCCAACGCCUCGAGUUCGUCGAUGUGCAACUUAAGAAUAUCAACACGGCGGCCUUCAGAGCCGGACACGAUAAUCUCACGAUACAACAUUCCAGAUUAUCCGAGGUGGACACUGGUGCCAUCAAUACAUCGGCAGCGACUGUUACCUUCAACAACAACGAGUUCCAACACCUGAAGCAGGGCUCGAUCGUGCUGCAUCAGUGGAAUCGCAUAGCGAUCGACCGCAAUGUCUUUGUCAAUUUGGAGAGCGACGCGAUUAAAGCGGAGGUCGGUGCCUCUUCGGCGCCCAAUUUCGAAUUUUCCUUCACGGACAAUCGCAUACAGAAAGCACGGCCGGGAUCCCUGAGGUUUGCGGCGAUCUCGCAGAGCGUCAACUCGGCGCGCGUCGGCAACAAUUACUUCAGUGAGAAGUGCAGUUGCAAACUCGAAAACUGGGUACGCGAAGUGACGGGUCGCAACAGCUCGGUCACGUGGAUGAUGGACUCGAGCUAUUGCAUGGUCGACAGUUUCUUGAAAAGAUGCCUGAAUCUGCCCGAAGGUUAUAUGGCUAUGCGAAACUUCACGCGGCUCAUAUGCACGCAACGGGAUCACGUCAAUUGCGAGAAGCCAUCGGUGAAUCUGGAGCCGAGUGUCAGUCCGCCCAGCGUAGGACCUCACAUCUAUCCGAGGCAGAAAGGAUUCUUCGACAUGGAGAUGAACGAGUCGGAGCAGCUGGCGCGCGAGAAGAGGAUCAUCGUCAUCGUUUGCGUCGUGGCAGUCUUCGUCGUCGUUGUGGUGAUCUUAGCCUCGGGGAUCCUCUAUAUGCGCCGUCGCGGCGUGUGCCCCAAACUGACAUCCGGCUCCUUGAUCAAUCUGUCGAAUUGGCUGUCGUCCAACAACGGUAUGACCGCCGCGACGUCCGCUAGAUCGAUAUCGAGGCUGAGCGUUCACGAGUACGCCGGUCUCCAGGCGGAGACCAGAAUUCUUGAAAUGGACACUCAGGCGGAAGGUACGGAGGACGACGAGGACGAAGGUGACGUUUACCCGUACACGGAGAACAAGGCCACGCAAACGUUGCCGGAAGAACUGACGGAGGAAUAUCUGAGGGAUCUCCAGGAACGGCUCAACGAUCCUGACAAUCAUAGCCAAGCGCGGGACAUGAUCGAGCAUCUGUACGAUCUCAUCAAAGUCGAGGAGAGUUGCAACAACAACAACAACCGGCAACCGGCGGGCGAUCGGGAGGAGAACGCGUACGACGUGAUCCGGCCGAGGAUCAGGAGAGCCCGCGGUGCGCCGAGACCGUCCGUAAAUAUUGGCACCAGAGCCCCGUCCUUGGACAAACUGCUGCCGAGCGGGAUACACACUAGACCGCCUAUCACCGAGUACGCGCAACCGCGUGACCAGCGUACCACCGAUCAGAACCAUCUCUAUGCCGAGUUGCCGGGCGACGAGACGGUGCCCAGUACAAGUCGACUGUCGCAACCCUUUCUGGAGAGCCUGAUCGGCAGGGCGCAACAGCCAUUACCUCCGGACGUGGUCAACGAUCAUAUUGUCGGCAAUGAUCGUCCUCCGCGGAACCUCGGCUACGGUGCCGACGAUUGCAUGCCACCGCAGAGCCCAAAGCUCGACUCGGGCUGCAGGAAUCAAUCCGCCAAGCCGAUGAGCUUCCUCAAGGCCCUCGGCGAAAGUAUCCUGAGUGCGUCCGGCAAAACGAAUAACAAGAGGCCGAACUCGCUGCUGUGCGAAUACGCCGAGCCGUCCGACGCAACCGCCCAUCUCUACUCGGAGCUGUCGGAACCACAGCUAACGUCCGCGUCCACCAGCAAAAUGGCGAACAGACCACUGCCCACCAAGCCCGACCAGGAUUCCGUCGCCGCGAACGCGGCCAAGGCGUAGCGGCGUUCAUUAUCUGUGAUAUAAGUGUUACGUGUUGUCGAGAGUGAAGAUUAGAGUGCUCUUUCUUUUUUGCCAACCGCACGAGGAAAGUGUUGGCGCACAUGCGUGUGUUUGCAGGAGCGAUUGCGUAAGAGAGUUUCCGGCGAGAACGGGUCGCUUGGAGUCUCUCAGCUGAGAGAUUGUGUGCCUGUGUGUCACAAUGGCGAAGGAAAUGCGCGUCAAAAAUUAGUGCAAUUCAUGCGUACAAGGCUCGGGCUUGUCGGUUCUCGAGAACGAGAAGUGUUCUUGCUCUUAAACCGUGUAUGAAUAAAGCCUUGUUAGAACAAUCGCGUACAGCGCCGCGCACCACUCGGAUUUGGUGUUCCUGCGGAAGGGAAAUCACAUCGCGUCCGGAUCGACCGAAGCAACGUUUACGCGAAAAUAUCGCAGCGAAGUUGUGCCAAAAUUAGUGUGCUGCGUACGACGUAUAUUCGCGUUCUCGUAACGCCAAGAAGAUUCGAUAAAGCUACUACCAUACGAGAAAAGUAUCGCGCGAGAGAAAUCAAAGGAUCUAUUUAUGUUUAUCUACGACAAAUGGAUGUAACAUAAAUUUAUAUAUAUUUGCUUCGUCAGGUAUUAUUAAAUAAGUAUUUUACAUCUGG